AUGGAGCCCAUCGGAGAAGUGCGCACAUUUGUGCCGUCUCUCCCUUUCCCGCGCAUUCUCUUCACAUUUCCAUCCAACUCAAUGCGUUCCAACCGAUUCGUUGCCCCAAUAGCACCGUUUCCUUAUCUUUUUCGCCCCUUUCCCUCUCAUUUUCUCUCCAAUUAUUGUCAUGAUCAUCAUUGUGGUCGCCUACAUUCUUCUCCUCCUAUUCUCUGUUUUCGCCGUCUUCUGGCUCCGUUACUGGUCACAUUCCCCGUCGACGUCAUUUCAGUAUUCAAUUUCUUUUCAGGAUGACUUCAAUGCUUACGACAGUUUCCGGCUGCAAGUUCUGCGAUAUCGCCAAGAACAAGAGGGAGCUGCAUUUGAAGGAGAAGGAGAAGGUUUGAGUGGGAAAGCGGGUCGGCUGGAGCAAUAGUCACGUUCUCUUCAGUGCCUCGUCAUAAACGACAUCAAACCGAAAGCAAGCACCAUUUCCUCGUGCUCAGCAAGCAGCACAUUGCCAAACCGACCGAUCUCACCGCUGCUGAUAUUCCUCUGCGUAAGUCACGGUUCAUUCAGAAAGGGAAGGGUAGCGGAAGUUCUGGGGUCAAAUCCUGUCCGAUGAAUAGUAAAAGUUCAAUAAAAACGACGCAUUUUGCAGUGGAAGAGAUGGAGCGAACAGGACGCGAGUUGCUCCGCGAGAAGCUGAAGAAGGAAGGUGAGGCGGACACUGUGGAGGACAUGCUUCGCAUCGGAUUCCAUUUCACUCCGCUGCUCUCCGUCCACCACCUCCACAUGCACGUCAUCUACCCUAUCAGUGAUGUGAGUGUACAGUCCACUUGAAGUUUGAAUAAGAAACGUUUCCAGAUGGGUUUGAUAUCCCGGAAGAUCACAUUCCGACCGGGUAAAGUGUUCAAAUCGACGCGUGAACUGGUGGAUCAGCUGAAGGAGGCAGCCGGAGUGCCGGAUCCUCUGGAGGGAAAUCCGGCAAAAGACGACUGCCACGACGGCAUUCCCGCCCACGCAAUCGCCUAA